AUGUCGCUUAAGGCGUCAAACCGCUUCGGAAAGUCCUCGACGUUUUCGUCGACCUCGUCUUUCCUGCUAUGCAACUCCCGGGAGAAGACAUUCCAGAGGAUGAGCUCCGCAGUGGGUGUGUCCUUCGAUCGGAUGCGCACAGACUCCUUAGCCAAUGAUCCUCUGGAACCCAAGGCAAGCCUCGGCUCCCCUUCCCUGGGCCGGAAGUCCUUUGCCAUGCGGGGCCAGGAGGUGGUCAAGAGGAGGCCGCCUUCCUCUCAGCGCUUCCUCGCAACAUCCUACGAUGGCGAAUGGAAGCUCAGGUCUGACAUUCAGAAAGCCUUUCGAGAGGAGGAGGAGGAGGAGUAUGAGGACCAGGAGACCACAUCCUCGAAGGCCGCACACCAGAGUUGGCUCAAAGGCGUGCUCGGGAAGAGGAAGGAGCCCGUCCUCCUUGGGAGCACGAAACGGCACAUCACUGACAGCGACAGGCUGGAGCUCACCAGCAGGUUGCUGAAGGGCAUCGACAGGCCCAACUACGACUGGGAUCCGCUUCGGGACCUUCGAGUCCAGGGGCCCCAGGAGUCCGAGCCAUCCUCCGCCCGGACCUCCCUGUCCGAUGAGACGGUGGACUUCACCGAGAGCACGAUGACCUUCAGCAAGCUCAGCCGCCGCAUGUCUGCCUCCCUUCGGCUGGGCAGACGCCGCAGCUCCAGGGCAUCGGUCCCUCCGAAGGAGGAGGUUCGGGCGCCCACGCCGCUGGAACGGAUGACCUUGCAGAAGCUAUCGCAGCUGGAGGACAUUCCAUGGCAGGUGAGCAAGCAAGCCUUCAACUGGUUCUACAAGUUUGCCGACAAUGGAACAUCCAAUCGCGAAAAGAUGGGCUUGACGGAGGAGGCGGUGCUGGCGGGGACACCUUUCGAGAUGCCCAGCUUGGGCAGCAUGUCUCGGGACGCGCUCUUUAAGACCUGUUGCGCCAUCAGCGACGUUGACGACCCCGUGCAGCUGGAUAUGGAGUUCGUUGGCGGUGCGCUCAAGGCGGUCGACUCGAACCAGAAUGGUGCGCUGGAUCUUUUGGAGUUCCUCGACUUCUACCAUCGCUUCUGCUUCUCCGAGGAGGUGCUCCUCAGCCGGCAAGAGAGGGAGCUGCGGCAGCUUGCACGAAAGUAUGGCCUCAGCUUCAUUGAGCUCGACCAGCUCAAGACCAAGUUUGACAAGGCUGACCGCAAUAACAGUGGGAAGCUGGGCUACGAGGAGUUCCUCUCCCUCAUGGCCCGACUUACAAAUCUGCCGCAAGGGCAGGAGCUUCCAGAGAAGAAAAAGAAGGAGUGGUGGAUUGGGGCAAGGCAAGGCUGGCGGAGGCACUUGGACUUGGAUGCUUUCCUGUCCUUCUACGUGAACUUUGGCGGCUGA